AAUGGUCGCUACCUUGUCAAGCUUGAAGGAUCGAUCACUUCUGAACUCAUUCAAAAGAUAUCAGAAUCUGCCCAGCCGGUGGAAGUUAUACUCGGUAAUGGAGACGAAGGAGAUGCCAACGACGCCAGAUUCUGUAUCAUCAAUAGUGCAGUCAAGGAAGCUAUUCUUGAGCACGCUUCACGCAACAAGAUUCGACCCACGAUCGUGCGUCUUCCUGAGCCUGCUUCCAAGAACCUUUCAAGCAUUUCCAGAUAUCCAACUCUUGGACUCGAUACAACACUCCCACAACAUCGACCAUCAAAUGAAGAUGUAGAUUUCCUCCCAACGCAAGACCAAUACCCAGUCUGGUAUUUCUUCUAUGGGACACUUGCAGACCCCGCUGUUCUCUCACGCCAUCUAGGGUUGGCAAGUGAGCCAAUACUGUGGCCUGCUACCGUUCGGGGAGGAGUUCUGAAGACCUGGGCUGGAAAGUAUCGUGCUCUUGUUGAUGGUGCAGAGUCUUCUGUCAUUGAUGGUUCUGCUUAUGAGGUCCAGUCGAAAGCACAGGAGGAUGCCUUGAGAGCGUACGAGACUUCGAAGUAUGAGGUUGUGAGAUGCAUGAUUGAGGUGGGAUGUCGUCGAAUCCCAGGGUGCACUUUCAGAUUCGUCGGA